AUGAGUCGACAGAAUAACAAUUGCAUUGACCCGACAACGACGGACGCCAUGCUGGAGGAAACCUCAUCCGUCUCAUCUGCUUCUUCAACAACAACGUCGCCCUCAUCAUCGUCCUCCUCCACAUCAGUGGGAAACCACUGCUCGCCAUCCAUCCUCAAGAACCAUCCGGAUGCAUCCGCAACUGCUGCCCCCAAUACAGAUAAGAUACAAUUGAAUCUAAUGUUCCCCAGUAAUCAAACAUACUCUCUAGUGAUGGGCCCGGAGACCAAACAACCGAGAACGUCCAAACAGAAACAAAAUGCACCACCGCCAGCACAAACAGAGGAUAACUCGGUCACAUUCGCACCAGAUAAUAUUCAGAUCGCAUUGAAUCAAGACCAAAAUACCUUGAUUCAUUUGGAUCCAGUGCCCAAUUUUAACGAUAAGGCAGAUAUUAAACCUUGGUUACAGAAGAUAUUCUACCCGCAAGGUAUUGAAAUCGUCAUUGAAAGAUCGGAUAAUACAAAAGUAAUCUUUAAAUGUAAAGCUGCAAAGAAGGGAAGAAGUUCCAAUAAGGAUAAGAAUCAAGCUUCUGCCUCGGAUCCCACCGUGACAACGCCGAAUGUUAAUCAUGUCUUGUUGAAGAAGAAGAAGAAAAGAUCCGUUUCUAGGUUCAAUAUUUGUCCCUUUAGAAUUAGAGCAACGUAUUCAUUAAAGAGGAAGAAGUGGAAUAUCGUCGUCAUAAAUAACACACAUUCUCAUCCAUUGAAAUUUAACCCGGAUUCUGAGGAGUAUAAGAAGUUUAAAUUGAAAUUGAGGGAAGACGGUGAUUUGGAAGCCAUUAAAAAAUUUGAUGAAUUGGAAUAUAAGACAAGGAAAAAUCUGCCCAUUCAAUCAUCUAUGAUCCCCUGUGAUUGUGGGUUAACUAACGAAAUUCAAAGUUUUAACAUAGUCUUACCUUCGGGAAGAACUGCCGCUAAUAGUAAUGAUACCGCAACAGCAACAUCUAGUCGUCCGAUUAAAAAAUUGUUAAGUGCAAACUUAAUUUCAACAAGCAAUGGUGGCAACAACAAUAACGUGCAAAAACCAAGAACUAGGGUAAAUGAUAAGAGAAAUAAGGAAAAUCUUUUGAAAAAGACAACCACAACAAAUUUCUUAACUAAUAACGGCACAGCACCAGCCAUACCGACUAAUAGGGUUAACAGCCUGGUGGAAAAUUCAAAUUCAAUGACAGAUUUCUUAGAUGACCCAUUUAAUUCCUCCAUGAAUAUUCCCAUGAACGAUUUUGCACCAUUUAAUUUGGAAGCAGUAACUAAUCUUAAUGAAAUUGAUUUUACCGAUAUUUUCAAUAAACCAACAACUUUACAACAAGAUGAUGGACCAUUUUCAACACUUAACGAAAUGCAUAUUCACGACCAACAAACACCAUAUGCUGCAGAUAUGUCUAUUUUUUCAUCAUUAGAUACUGCCAGUUUAACAAGAUUCCAAUCUCCAAUGCAUGAUGUGAAUGAUUCACCACUACUUCGAAAUCCAUCCAACACAACAAACUCAGAAAUGUUAGAUUAUAUGUCAAAUCAACAUACAACGCAGGAAAACAACGUGAUACCCAAUAAUGGUAAUAACAAUAACAACACUACAUUGGCAAACGAACUGGAUGUUUUCAAAAUGGUGGAUGGUGAAUUGAAAAUUAUAGAAGAUGAUAACGCUUUAUUAAAGAUUAAUUCAACGACAGGAAGGCAUGAUAAUCCAGAAAUGACUAAUACUUCCAAUGAACAUAAUCCAUACAUGUUCCAUGCAUCCCCCGCUGUUCAAGCUGAAGGACAAUUUUGGCAAAAUAAUAUUACCAACAACGACUCGAUAAACAUUACAUCAUCCAUGAAUCAGAUAACUGACAAUACAACAAACACUAAUUCAAACAUACAAUCCAUCAAUAUGCAACUCAUAGAGUUGAAUAAUACUUCGAAAAAGUACGAUGACCACAACAACAACAACAAUAACAACAUCAACAGCCAUAAUCAUAAUAAUAGUAAUUAG